AUGUUCGGGGGCGGCAAGCCCAAGGGCCCGCAGAAGGGCAAGCCCAAGCUCAUCAAGCUUGAAGUGACCUUGGAAGAGGUGUACGAGGGCUGCACCAAAACGGUCACGCACCGGCGGAUGAAGCUGUGCGACACCUGCGAGGGCAAGGGGGGCAAGGACCGCAAGGACUGCGGGUCGUGCAAGGGGGCUCGCUACAUCGACCGGGUGGUGCAGAUGGGCCCCGGGAUGUACACCCAGACGCGAGGGCCUUGUCCUACCUGCAAGGCGCAGGGCUUCAUCAUGGACCCCAAGGACAUCUGCAAGGCUUGCAGGGGCAAGAUGGUCCUCGAGCAGGAGAAGCAGCUGGACGUGGCGAUCGAGCAGGGCUGUCCCAACGAGAAGGACUACAUCUUCACUGGCGAGAGCGACGAGCUACCGGGCAUGCUGGCUGCUGACCUCUACGUCCGCGUGUUCAUCAAGCCCCACCCCUACAUCACUCGCAAGGGCGCAGACCUGUUCAUGCAGAAGAAGAUCUCCCUGCUGGAGGCGCUGACCGGCGUGGCCUUCGAGUUCAAGCACCUGGACGGGAAGAAGAUCCAGGUGUCUUCCUUCAAGGGGGAGACGAUCGCCCCGAACUCGCUCAAGUGCAUCAAGCGGCUCGGCAUGCCCCUCUACAAAAACGUGAUGGCGAACGGCAACUUCUAUGUCCAGUUCGAGGUGGAGUUCCCUAAGACCGUCGGCAAGGAGCAGCGACAGCAGAUCGACUUGAUCUUCCCCGCGGAGCCGGGGCAGGCCACCUUCGACGUGUCGAAGGACGACGUGCACAUGCUGGAAGAGGUGGACGAGCGGGAGCUACACCGGAACAACAACGACAACCAGGAGGAUGACGAGGGCGAGCAGGUCCCGCACGGGACGAAGGUGCAGUGCGCUGUGCAGUGA